CAUUUUCAUAAUUAUUCAUGAGAAAACUUUAUUUAGUGUUUUACUUUUAUACAUUCAUUUAUCUGUACUUUAAAAAAAUAUUUUACACGUUUUUUGAUAAAUGCCUUUUGUUUGUUUCGUUUUGGUCGCUAAAUUAGCACUAUGAACGUGUUUUCUAUGAAAUUCCUAAAUGUCGUUUGGAGUGAUCUACGUCGCCUCGGCGCUUUCACCGUCUCGUCAACAGUGGCUGCAGGUGCGUGGGAAAAUGUUGUCUCUUCCGAUUUUAUAACGAAAUCGUUGCAUGGCUUGAUGAUGGAUGCCAAGUAUUUGCUGGACAGAGUUUUAUCAAUCCGACGGUACUUUAAAAACUCUUUGAAUGUUGGAUCAUCACAUGGCAGGAGUGCUGUAACCAUGGAGACAGUUGAUUCUGUAUCUAGUAAUGAAUAUUUUGUACUCCAGCGGAUGUCCUCAUCUUACCUGCCGUGGAAUUCUUGAUUGUUUUUUCAAGACCGGAUGUGUUUCCUACAGUGAGAAAUCCACCUUGAUGACUCUCUACAAAUAAGUAAGCUUUCAUUAGGUUU